AUGAACGGGAAUGGCGGGAACAAGGCCUUGGAGCUGCUGCGGUCGCUGCCUAGAGUCAGUCUGGCCAACCUAAGGCCCAGUCCAGGCUCCAAAAAGCCGGAAAAAAGACGUGGCCGUGGAAGAUACAGAGGUAGGAAGUGUGGUCGAGGUCACAAAGGAGAAAGACAAAGAGGAAAUCGCCCCCGAUUAGGCUUCGAGGGUGGUCAAACUCCAUUUUACUUGGCCAUACCGAAAUAUGGGUUUAACGAGGGACAUAGCCUCAGACGUCAGUACCAACCACUCAGUCUUCAGAGGCUGCAGUACCUGAUUGAUUUGGGUAGACUUGACCCCACGCAACCAAUUGACUUAACACAGCUCACUAAUGCCAGAGGUGUAACAGUGCAGCCUCUCAAAAGGGAUUAUGGCGUUCAGCUGGUGGAGGAGGGUGCUGAUAUUUUUGCAGCAAAAAUAAAUAUUGAAGUGCAGAGGGCAUCUGAAUUAGCAAUUGCAGCUGUAGAAAAAAAUGGAGGUGUUGUUACAACAUCAUUCUAUGAUCCAAGGAGUUUGGAAAUUUUAUGUAAGCCAGUAGUGUUUUUUCUGCGCGGCCAGCCUAUCCCAAAGCGAAUGCUUCCACCCGAAGAUCUAGUCCGUUACUACACAGACGCCGGGAAUCGUGGGUACCUGGCAGAUCCAUCUAAGGUUGCGGAAGCCAGGCUUGAACUUGCCAAGAAAUAUGGCUAUGUCUUACCAGACAUUACUAAGGAUGAGCUCUACAAAAUGUUAAGCGCACGCAAGGAUCCUAGGCAGAUAUUUUUUGGUCUUGCUCCAGGAUGGAUUGUAAACAUGGCAGACAAGAAAAUUCUAAAACCAACUGAUGAGAAGCUGUUAAAAUACUAUAGCUCAUGAAUUCAGGACUGGAGACAACUGCAGGUGUACAGGAAACAUCUGGGUAUGAAAUAAUGGAUACGAAGUGGUGUUG